ACAUUCUCUCUAGAAAAGUCAAGCUUUUCGUAAUUAUUCAACGGAGAAGAACAAUAUUCAAUCUAAUCUUAUUAACCCAAUCCCACAAGAUCCAUUUUUUCUUUUCCUUUGUUCAUUAUUGUUCAUAAAGUAAAAUCUUAUCCGACUCUACCAACCCUAAUCUCGAAUUCCACUGUUGCUGUUCAUCACUUUUCUCGUCGAUAUGCAGAGCCAAAUAGUUUGCGGUGGGUGUAGGACUGUCCUUAGUUACCCUAGAGGAGCUACUAACGUUUGCUGCGCAUUAUGCAAUGUCGUCACUGCUGUUCCCCCAGCUGGGAUGGAAAUGGCUCAAUUGAUAUGUGGAGGUUGCCACACGUUACUUAUGCAUGCCAGGGGGGCUACAACUGUCAGAUGCUCGUGCUGCCACACAGUGAACCGUGUGCCAGAUAUUAGAUCAGCAGCAACACCACCACCACCACCACCUAAUAAUGUUGCUCAUGUCAACUGUGGAAACUGUCAUACAAUGCUAAUGUACCCGGCUGGAUCUCCGUCAGUUAAAUGUGCAAUUUGCCACUUUAUUACCGCUGUCAAUACCGGCGAUGCAAGGAUUCCUAUUCCCGCACGUAGACCUGCAUCAACAUCAACCUCCACGGCAACGGCCCAUUCUCAGAGUCAAACAGUUGUCGUUCAGAAUCCCAUGACUGUUGACGAAAGUGGCAAAUUGGUGAGCAACGUUGUUGUUGGUGUUACAACCUAAGGAUGCAAACGAAACAGGGCAUCUUCCGUAAGCGAAUCUUGAUAUUCUGGUGUAAAUGUCUAUUUUGGAUCUUUGUCGUCUUCCGGGGUAUAGAGAUAUCUUGUGCAUACUGUGGCUAUAUUAUGAAUAUGCAUUUUUAGAAUUAUUAUUAUUAUUAUUUGUAAAAUACCAGACGAAACUGGGGGUUUUUUUUUUCUUCGUGUUUUAUGGGUCGACAUGUGGAAAGUUUUUACCUUUUGCACUUUGAACUACCAUUGUUAUGCUACUGAAGAUUGUAUUUAGUAUUGUAUUCAUAACACUUGAUGGAUUGACCCUAUAAGAUUUGUUUAAAGAUGAA